AUGGCUGCCACAGGGCUGUUGCUCUUCCAGGCUCUGCAAAGCUUCUUCCAGCAGGUGCUGGCUGCUCAGCUGGACGAGGCCAUGCCAGAGCGCAUGGAGCAGCGUGAGACGUCCCUGCGAGAGCGGGUGACUGAGCUUCUGCAGGGGCUGGAGCAGGCUGCCGCUGCCUGGGCAGCCCCGCUCCUCCCUGCCUUGCGGCAAUGGCACUUCGGGGCCAUUGCUGUGCUUCUCCUCCUCCUCCUGCUACUGGGACUCGGCUGCUGGCUCUGGAAACGGAGGUGCCAGACAGGCAACAGCGGCACGGAGCGCACCACCACCGAGAAGGCCGAACGAGAGGAGUCCGAAGGAACAGCCAGGGUUGCGAUGCAUGGGCGCAGGAUUUCGGCCCAGCGCCUCCUGGACCUCUCAGAGUCGUUCACCAUGGUGGAGGAGCUGGUUGACGAACUUCUGCGGAUCUGCCGAAAACUGUCACGGAACAGUUUCAUGCCAGAACCGAGGCCAGUCGUCGGGGUGAGCAGCGCCCUAGGAGGUUGGAGUGGCUGUGAGGACGAUGCCGUGUACCGCCUCCUCGUGCCCCUGAAGCCCCCUCGUGGCCAUGCCUUCCACGUGGACGUGGGCACCUCCUCCAGCAAGGGCACCGCGGAGAGGAAGGCCAGCCUCCGUGUCGAGCUGCGGUGCACGUGCAUGAGGGAGCAGCUGGCCGAGGACAUGCUCUGCUUCCUCCACCACCCCCAGAAGGAGCUGAAGGAAAGACAGGCUCCCAGCCUCCUGGGCACCCUCUGCACUGGCCCCUACCUGGACACUGACAAAACCUCACGCUGGCUGCAGAUCCUGCUGAAAAGGGCCUGGGCGGUUAUGCCUCAGUCGGCACACUGCCGUCUGACGGUGCUACCCUCCAGGCACUCCUGCACCCUCCGGCUCACGAACGCUUCCGGCAGCACCGUCCGCAUUGAGAUGCUCUUCGGCGUCAAGGAAGGCGACUCCUAUGUCUUCCUGAGCUGA